ACCGCCCAUUCCUAGUCUUCCUCUAACUGUCCCCCAUCCCUACCCAUAUUUUCUUUUUCCAAGAACCAAAAAAAAAAAAAAAGAGAUAGAGAAUUUGAUGAACAAGGCCAAAAUUGGCGAGGAAAGGUGAGUUCAUCUACUUGUUCAUCAAAUUGCUCAAUCUCUUUCUUUCUUUCUGUUUUCGGCGUCUUUUCUUUCAAUUCCGAACUAACCCAGAUUUAUUGUUUUGGAAUUUUUUCCCUUCACCUUAUUAUAUUCAAAAAGAAAAGAAAUUUAUGUUUUUUCGUUUUCUUUUCUGAGCAAAAGGGUACUGUUUCUCAGAGAUUUUAUGGAUAUGGGUCUUUGUAUCUAGACGUGUUUAUCAUCGAUAAAUAUUAUUUUGGGGGCAUAAUUUUCCAGGUGUCAGAAACCCAUAUCAGAUCUCAGGAACCCCACCACCACCAUCUUCCUUCAUUCUCCUGUUUCUGGGUGCAUCCACUAGAUCUUCUCUCAUUACAUGACGGCUAUUUAGGUUGUCUGUACGACCGAGUUUUUUUUCUCUUCCAUUAAAAAAAAAAAGGGGGAAGGAGCUCUUUGUUACAGUACUACUUGGUAAGCUUUGUAUUGGAGGGGUUUUAGAUUGGCUCUGAGGUAACUUUUGUGUUACCAAACAAAAAUUUCUUGUUAUAUUAAUUACAAAUCCUUGUUCUGAUUAGUCAUUGACAAGGGAGGCCCACCUUUGGGGGGUUUGGUGGGCUUUGAUUAUUUACCAAUAAAAACCCUUUUUUGAUUUUGAUUUUGAUUUUUCAUCAAAGUUAGUCUUUGCUGUUGUUGUUUUGAAGAUCCCACUUCUAUUUUUUGAAGGUUAAGUAGGGCGAGAGAGAACAGGAGAGACAACUGAGUUCUUCCAUUAUUAUUAUUAUAUUGUUUUGCCAUACAUCAUUGUAUUUAGACCCAUAAAAGAAUUCACCUUUUAUUUCUUUCUGUUUUUCUCCUAUAUCUUGGAAUGCUACUUUACCUCUUCAUCAGUUGUUUCUCCAUCAUCUUCUUUAUAAAGUCCUUAACUUUGAAACCACCCCCACCAUGGGCAGCUGAGAUGAGACUAUUGUCUCCCUGGUUUAGGAAAGACGUUUCCUUUUUUCUCAGUUCCAGAUUGAUCAAAAACAUUCUUGGUCUUGCUUAUUUUACCACAGUCGUUUCCAAAAUGUCUCUCAAAAAGAUGUCUUUCACUUCAAAAGUUGAUAACUUUGAGGAGGUUGAAGAAAGUGCCAUGUCAAUUUUGGACCUACCAGAUUUGGUCUUGGAAUGCAUUCUUGAAAGGCUACCACCUGCUGCUCUUUGUAGUAUGGCUGGUGUUUGCAGCUCUUUGAGGAGUAGGUGUAUUAGUGACCAUUUCUGGGAAAAACACAUGAAAAAAAAGUGGGGUAGAAUUAUUGGUCCUGCUGCUUAUAGAGAGUGGCAAUGGCAUAUAGCUUUAAGAACAAGAAAGGAUUCAAGCCAUUUGAUGCAGGGGAAGCCAAAAGGUCUGAUGAGGGUCUUGUCAAUUGUUAGGCCAUCUUGGUGGAUUAAAUCAAAGGUUGAUGAUAGUAGUAAGCAGUGUUCUUUGCCAGAUGAUUCAAUCAUGUCUUGGUUUCUUGCUCUUGAAACUGGCAGAUUCUGGUUCCCUGCUCAGGUUUAUAACCGUGAGAAUGGCCAUGUUGGGUUUAUGUUGUCAUGUUAUGAUGCAGAACUGAGUUAUGAUCCCCGUAUUGACACCUUCAAGGCCAGGUACCCUCCUCAUGGAAGGAGGGCGGUCGCCAAAGAGGGCGAUGUGCCAUGGGAAAGGCUACGAGCACCGCCUUUCGACACUUCACCACAUGAUCUUCACAUUUCUGAUUGCUUGAAUGAGCUACGCCCUGGUGAUAACAUCGAGAUUCAAUGGAGAAGAAACAAAGAAUUCCCUUACGGUUGGUGGUAUGGUGUAGUCGGUCACUUGGAAUCGUGUGACGGGAAUGAUAAUUAUUGCCGAUGCCAUAAUAGUGAUACAGUGGUGUUAGAAUUCAACCAGUACACCGCAGGCUCAAGGUGGAGGCGUGCCACAAUCAAUCGGAAAGAACACCGAGAGGAAGGAAACGAGGCAGAUGGAUUUUAUGGAGGAAUCAGAAAACUUUGCAAUGAGGAGGAGAUUUCCACAUGGAAGCGCCUUUGGCCAUCUGAAAUCCUGGAGUAGGCAGCCUGCAUGCGAAAAAGUCACCAUCCUUUCUGUGCAAAAAUUAUCUAGUUUUUGCUCUACAAAUUGAUGCUCUUGGAAACUGAGAUCAAGUUGAAAGUUGCAUGAAUGUGGAGUGCGUAGUGAAUGUAAAAUUCCCAUAUUUACAUGCCAAUAUAGUAUAUCCCACUACCAAGGUUUUGUUGAAAACCAUUUGGAAUUGGAAACCCCAUUGAUUAUGGAAGAAAUAUGUAUACCUUCUAGAGCUCUGAAAUUGUAAAUUAUUUUAUCUUUUCCAGCCAUUGAGAUUGGGUUAUUUAAGGAAGGUGCAUUUUAACAAGCAA